UGGCGUGAUUACAGCGAAUGGAAGCACAUGGCUGCGUAGUAUAGUAUUCGUCUCCGUCAUUCGGAUAUGAAAACAGAUAAUAGUUAAUGUACGCAUGGGCUUUACUGGUUAAGUUUAAUUUUAAUCUCUGGUUAAGUUUUCUACAGUGUAACAGUAACAUGAACAUUGGAUAGUAGUAAAUAUAAAUAAAUAUUAGAAGUACAUUACUUUAAUUGUGUUAAAGUAAGGAGAAUUUUCUAUAAAGAAUGACUUCAACUUUAGAAAAUGCAGGUCAAGUGGAAGAACUUGAUUCUGUGGCUCAGAAAAUACUCACUAUGGCUCAAACAAAGCCCAAAGGCAUCAGUGACAAAGAUAUCUCUGCAGAAAUACCAAAUUUACCAACAACUGAAAGAGCUCAAGCUAUCAAUAAAUUAUUAACACUGCACUUGAUUAAUCUCUAUAAACAAGGAGAUACUUUAUUCUAUAAAUUAAAAGAUCCAGCAAGUGCAAGAGCAGCAAAAGGUGCAGAUAACGAGGAGAAAGUUGUGUAUACUAUUAUAGAAGAAGCUGGAAAUAAAGGAAUUUGGGUAAAAGAUAUAAGAUUUAAGUCAAAUUUGGCACCUACUCAACUGACAAAAAUUCUGAAAAGUCUUGAUACAAAGAAGUUGAUUAAAGCUGUCAAGUCAGUUGCUGCUAGCAGGAAAAAAGUAUACAUGUUGUACAAUCUUGAACCUGAUGCAAGUGUCACUGGUGGUGCAUGGUAUCAAGAUCAGGAUUUUGAAGUUGAAUUUGUAGAAGUUCUCAAUCAACAGUGCUACAGAUUUUUAGAACAAAGGCGAGAUAGCCCAAAAAAAUAUGUCAAUGGACCUAUGGCAGAAAGAAAUGCUUCUUAUGCUUCAUCAAAUGAUGUUUGGAUGUUUAUUAACGACUUAGGAAUAAGUAAAGUUAAAUUAUCUGUAGCAGAUCUAGAAAUGAUAUUGGAUACUUUGAUUUAUGAUGGUAAAGUAGAGAAAACUAUAACUAGUGACAAAAGAACUCUGUAUAGAGCAAUUAAACCUUUAUUAGAUCCUCCAGGUCUUAUACAAAGUCCUUGUGGAGUUUGUCCUAUAAGAAAAAACUGCUGUGAUUUUGGUGAUGUAACACCAACUAAAUGUCAUUAUAUAACUGAUUGGCUUAACGUAUAAUAGAUGCUUAUCAGGAAUAAUUUAGAAUAAUUUUGAUAUCAUUUAAUUUCAUGAUGUCGCUCAACAGUAUCAAUUAAAAUUUUAUAUCAAAAUAAGAUUUUUCAAACGCAUUCUAUAUAUAUGUAUAAUCUGUAUAUAUAAGUUGAUUUAUAUAACUAAGCUUAGGUAGAAUUUAAUAGAAACAUUUAUUAAUAUUUAAUUAGGAAUAUUUCCAAAUGUGAUUAUUACAUGAACAUAUUUUUAAAAAAUAAGAAGUAAUGAACGUUAUACACACACGCGCGCGCGCACGCGCACACAUACACACACACACACACACACAUGAAAACUUAUAUUUUACCAAAAAAAUAUGCAAACAGGUUUCAUUUAUUUUUAAUAUUACCAAUUUUUUAAUAAAUAAAGCUUGUUUUGCAUAUUUAUGCAGCCGUGAGUAUCGACUGUUAAUAUCCGAAAACUCUGAUUGUGAGUCACGUUCUUAAUGCUUGCGCAUACAAAGAAUAUAUUCAUAUUGAGAGACUUAUAAAUAACUACGUAAAAAUUGUUUUAGAUAUAAAGUAGGGUAACUCGACAAGAUUAAGAUGAAUAUGAUAAUUAUUGAGCUCUAAUAAGCCAAAUAAAAUCAUUAAAUUUCAAUAUUUAUAACAUAAUAUUUUUUUUAAUUUUGUUAAUAUACAGUUACUAAUUAUUGUUUUAAAGUUCAUUGUUAAAUUAAUUAAUUACAAUGUUUAAAUUCAUUGUUAUUAAUUAUUUAUUAAUUACAGUAAUAGAGCAUUGCAGGUGUACAAUAACAGAAAUAUGAUGUAUGUACAUGAAUGAUUUAUAAUAAUUAUAUUCAUUAAACAAUAUAUUAUACAUUA